CUGGCAGGAAAUGGGAAGCGGGCGAAGCUUUUGAAAAAUAACUCGAGGCAUCGCGGCGCACCCGGGGAAUCCCGUGACUCAACCAUCUCAUUCCAUUGUUCGGUGAAGCCGGGCAACAGCCGAAGGAGACGCAGAUUGCCCCAGAGCCUCAAGUGGAACAAAAACGGCCGGCUAAUUUACGAGUGAAACACACGCGCAGGAGAUGUCACGAGAGCUAAUCACCGAGUUAAGCGGCUACUCGCGAAUUCCGGGCGGCGUUCCAGCGAGGACGGCCGAGUCCGGCUCUAGAAAAAUGACGGUGCCCGCCUUGCAUACGCGAUCCAACGCUUCCGCUUCCGUUUCCUAAAGGGAGAUAAUAAUAAAAGCCGCCACCAGUCGUUUAGACGCGGUAACCCGCCGACAAAGGCCGAGAAACGGCGCGAGAUCGCACCGAUGGAGUUUCCCUCGAGCGGUGAACUCGCCGACGCCUCCGGCGCUUUCGUUUGCAACGCGAUGCAGCUGAAAGGAAUGGACUCGCGAAGAUCGCGGAGACGAUCGCGCAGAAAAUCGUCGAGGAACCAGCACGCCUCCGUCGACGACUCCUCCUCCUCGGCCGCCUCGAGAUAGAUAAGCCACGACGACGUCGAGAGCAUGCACCGCACCGGUGAGCCGCGUUGCUCAUUGCUUCGAACGAGCCGAGGCUAGGAAGAUGAUCUAGCGGGUGAUCGAGAGGGCAGCGCAAGAAAGGAGCGAGGGAUGAUCGAUUCGUCGAGGGAUACUUCGAAGACUAUUAGAAGAAGGUGGCUGUUGUCUCUCUCUCUUUCUCUCUCUCUCUGUUUCUCUGUUUCCCUCCUCGCUCGUCGGUCGUCGUCGAUUCGCGCAGAGCGAGCUGAGGCACCGAGCGUGUCAGACAAAUGAGUGUUAGAGGACAGAAUUGGGCGAUCCGGUAGGAGAAAGAGAGAAAAGAAAAGAGAGGAGAAAAAAAGAAGGAAAAGACAGAAACGAGGAGAGAAUGGAGAAGGACAGCGCGAGACAUUACAGAGCUUACGAGGGCUUCAAGCCCGCGAACAAUGGCAAUACAUCGUCCUUGAAGAGGUCGACGUCCGACCGCUCGAAAACGCAUCCGUCGAGGCAAGUGAGGUGCCUUUGCUUCGGCGGAGUGCCGGACAAGGCCAGCCACCAUUCCUUCCUCAAGGGCUGUAUUAUAAACCUCGGCAUAUGCGCCCUCCUCGUGGCAUACACUCUGCUCGGUAGCUUCAUCUUCCUCGCCAUCGAGGGCGGUGCCGAUCCUGGGAUGCAACAGAGGACACUUGCUACCACAAUAGCGGGGAAUCAGCCUACCAGGCGGAAUGCCACCGCUUGGUUCAAGCAGGAAAGCCACGAGGCCCGGACAAAGACCGUGGAAAACAUAUGGAUAAUCACAGAGAGCCUGAACAUUCUCUACCGCGAGAACUGGACGAAGCUGGCUGCCCAGGAGAUCGCACGUUUUCAGGAUCAACUGGUGAAGAGGAUCACCGAGGACAUGAUGGCGACUCAGAACGCCGGGACGUACGUCGGAAGUUCCGCGAGCGACACCGUGACUGAGAGACGGAUACCGGAGUACGAGUGGAACUUUGCCAAGGCGUUUUUGUACUCUCUCACGGUGCUAACGACGAUCGGUUGCGGCAGCAUAGCCCCGAGAUCCACGUGGGGCAAGAUCGCAACCACCGGUUAUGCCAGUCUGGGCAUUCCCUUGACCUUGGUUUACUUAUCAAGCACCGGAGGGCUUUUAUCCAGAUGCGCCAGGGGUGUUUUCACCCGCGCUCUUUGCUGCUGCCUUUGUUCCAACUGCGGCUACUGUUGCUACGACGAACGACGAAUGGAGGAGAAAGAGAGACGGAUGAGAAAGAAGCGGCAGCAGGAGGAGCUGGCGCAGCAGCAGCAGCAGCAACUGCAGCUGCAGGAGCCGUUUUACGUUCGCGCGAACGCCUCGACGUUCACGAGCACCGUGGAAAUUAAGACCAGCCCGAAGGACGAGGUGUCGAGCCUCGGCUCCGGCGACAGGCCCAACGUCACUAUACUCGCGCCAAUCAGCAUUUGCCUGGGCGCGAUGCUCUGCUACAUCGUGGCGGGUGCUUUCACUCUGCACAAGCUGGACGGCUGGUCCUUUGUGGAUGCGAGUUACUUCUGCUUCAUGAGCCUGAGCACAAUCGGGUUCGGCGAUAUGGUACCCGGUUCCUAUCCCCGCCAGAGUCUGUACGAGUCGAGGAACGUAACCAUUUGGUUCUGCUCGUUCUACAUAAUGUCUGGCAUGGCGUUGACGGCGAUGUGCUUCAACAUCCUGCACGACGAGAUCGUCCACAGGCUUAGCCAUCAGUCGGAGAAACAGGAGCCGGUGAAGGCCAGCCCGAGCGUGGACGAACUGUCGACCGAUCCUCUUACGCUAACCUCGUGACAA